CUCUCUGUCACCGAUCUGCAGAAUGCAACAGCAACAACAGCAGCGUCGAAUGUUCACAGCUGCCCUCCUGGCACUCGUUUUCCUUCUGGCAGCUGUGAGUACCACUGAGGCUGGCAAGAAAGAGAAACCAGAGAAAAAGGCGAAGAAGUCUGACUGUGGGGAAUGGCAGUGGAGUGUCUGCGUGCCCACCAGCGGUGACUGCGGCCUGGGGACACGUGAGGGCACUCGCACUGGGGCUGAGUGCAAGCAAACCACCAAGACUCAGAAGUGCAAGAUUCCCUGCAACUGGAAGAAGCAAUUUGGAGCGGAGUGCAAAUACCAGUUCCAGGCCUGGGGAGAAUGUGACUUGAACACGGCCUUGAAGACUCGGACCGGGAACCUAAAGAGAGCCCUUCAUAAUGCUGACUGCCAGAAGACUGUCACAAUCUCAAAGCCCUGUGGGAAGCUUACCAAACCCAAACCUCAAGAAUCCAAGAAGAAGAAAAAGGAAGGCAAGAAACAAGAGAAGAUGCUGGAUUAAUGGAAUCAACUCGGGCAGCGUGAGAAAGGGACAUCAGCAAACGUGAUCAGUUAACAGUUUCAUUUAUACCUAGGCAUUUUAUCCUAAAAUUAUUUAUAGCUUAAUGGUACCAUAGAAGGAAAAAAAGCAAACACAGAAAAAAAAAAAAUCCUUUUUUUUUUUAUUACUUUAGCAUUUUUAAUGUAUAACCCUAACAACAAUUUUUAGAGGCCUGUAAUAAAGGACUCCAAACUCAUUUAGAAAAUUAUGUCUAUUUUAUAUUGAACAAUGUAGAGGUUUUUAAAAUUAUUUUUUUUUUUUCUCAAGUCUUGCCAUAGGUCUCAAUCUGGUAAUUAGUCCAUGCAAGCAGAACCUGAGCCUGUGUGGAGCUCUGCUGAAGCCAGUGGUACCCUGUGUGAACAUAGAACUCUGGCUGGAUGCAUUUAUACUUAAGAUUGGGACCUUAUAUCUGAAAAACUAAGGCCUGUUUCUUAAUCUCUGAUUACAUCUGCAUAACUGUAUGAAACUGUUUGCUUAAGGAAAGGAUGGGGGCAUUUUGUUGAGUAUUUACAAGUAUGGGAUUUUCUUGGAUGUGUGCUUAAUGUUCAUUCCAAAAUGUCACCAUCUACAGAUAAAAACCAGUAAUGCUCUUUUCCUUAACCAUAUUUUUAAUGUUGGCAGUAAAUCUAAAAUCUUUCAACAAUUGGACAUAAAAGAGUCCUAAUUUUUCAUGAUUUUUCUAGCAAUGAUUUUUUUAAAGUGGAACGAUGACAAAACUUUCCACUUUUCAGCAUGUCAAUGUUGGUGGAUGGUAGUGACCUCUGUUUCACCUAUAAAAGAUGAAAAAUGCUGUAUUUUAUUUGUUCAUUUUGACAGAAGGGGGAAAAUCCUUUUCAUAUGAGAUCUAGUUGAAAUUGUUGUGAUUCUGCUUGACCCAUCUCCCUUUCACAUCAGUGGCAAUAUUCCUGUUGAUCUUAAUUAUAGCUGGGUAAAAAAUAGUAUGACUGGUGGGAAAUAAAAGGAGAAAUCUGUUUGGAAGCCACCAGGGGUAGUUCAUCUUUUUGACCAAAAAAGGGACAAUUUGUGGGACCUGAAACCAAUAGGAAUGAAAUUAUUUUUAGUUUAUUUUUUAGUAAAAUAGAAGGGAAAUACAAAACCAGUUUAUUUUACUUUCUUCCAUUUUUUUUAUAAGUUAAAAGACCUUGGAAAAAGCUCAGUCAACAUAAAAUUAGUUGUGAUUUUUUUUUUAAUAUAGUCUACAGAGGAAAAAACAAAGAAAAAAUACAACCAGCUGUUUUUUCUAUUUGUUCAAUUUUACCUAAUUUAAAUGAUUCUGAAUCCUGAGAGAAAAAGUAGAAAAAAGAUCUGACAAAUGUCUGGUCUGUCUCAAGGUAAAGGGCUGUUUAAUGAGCUGUCAACAAGCAGACCAAAAUUUUUAGAGGAAACAUGAGGGAUUUCAGUGCCCAAAUUAAGUCCAAAAUCAUUGCUUCAGAAUUCUAAAUCUUAAAAUUCAGCAGCAAGAAAUAAGCUUUGCCAUUUGUGUAGGCUGCAGGCUUGCCUGCUGGUCAAGAGGAAUAGUCUCCCUUUUACUCCUGCAUGGCACCCACUGACUUCAGUGAAGCUGCUGCAGGCUGUGUUCUGAGUAAAUCACAUUUCUCUCUUGGGAUUAGCUUGUAGACAAACAGAGUUUUGGUUUGUUUUUCAUACUAACAUCACUCCCCUUUUCUAUGCAAAAAAACCUUGUAACAAUUGUAGAGCUCGCCCUCUUCUUUCUCAGGUGGAGGGUAUGGCUGAUCUGGACUCACGGUGAGGCAAGUCCUUCUGUUCCCAAACACAAACACUCCUGAAGCCUGCUAACCAAGGCUGCACAUAGCUUAAGGUAGACUAGCCUCACAAUUAUUUACCAGACUCCUUGGGUGUGUUUUGCAGUCUGUGUUGAUGUCCUUGUUAUUUUGACUGUGCUGUUAGACAUACUUGAGUCCGUGGUAUAGUUAAAAAUGUCCCCCACACAUGGUGGAUGUGCAAUGACCAAAUCUGAAAUCAUAAAGGCUCAUAUUUAGGUGGUUCUGGGUGCUAUUUGGUUUCUUCAUUGUCUAAUCAGGUCUACCUGUGCUUGUGCCUCAGACUUAAACUAAUGGUUUGGUAGGUCUGAUUGAAAGCAAAGGGAGAAGGAAACUUUUUUUCAAUCACCAAAGGUUUGUCUGUCUAAAUGCUGCAUCAGUUCACUUAAAGUGGCUCAGCUUUGAGUGCAAACACUGUUGCACCAUUGUCUCACACUGGUUAAUCUAGUCCAUGUUUCAUAGGGAGCUGGCAGGAAUUGGGAAUGAUGUUGAGACCAACACUUCAAUUGUCCUUUAGCAAACCUUAGAUGUGACUUCUUAUUUCCACCUCUGUGAGUAUAAAAACAAUAAAUCCCCCUGUGUUUCCUCUGACACCUUAUGGUCCUUUUGUUUAAUUGCCCAUCUGGCUUGUUAAAGGAACAUUCCUAAUAGUUUUUGAAGGAAGCCAGUAAUGUUCCCAUGGUGGCAUAGGGCCUUCAUGGAGAGAGUUUACAGAAAACAAGGAAACAAAACGAAAAAAUACCAGAAGAAAAUGCAGCAAGGGGUGUGAAAUAGGAGAACAUUUCUUAUGUGCGACUCAGCCACAUAUAUUCGAAUCUAUUUUGGCAUCUUAUUGCUGACAGCAAUUGGAGUAAUACUGUACAAAUUUAAAACAAAGAAAAUUUCCAAUAAGCCAGAAGAAAACAUUCAGUGGAAAGUCUAGCUAUGCAGGAGGUGAUAAAGUAAUUUAUGGCAGAACACAGAGGAGGAAGAUUGAAUAGGUCAGUCAGGUCAGGUCUAAAAGGAGGCUCCCAACAAAUAGAAGGAGCCCUUGUUUCACUAGAGACAUUAUCAAGAAAGCAAAAGGCAAGAUUCUGAACAAAACCUCUUCCCACCCAUCUUGAUCAGUUUCUACUUCAGUCAUUCUGAAACUUCUCCUUAUUUGCUUUCUAAUCUUCUCCCCUCCCUGCUUUGGGAGGGCAAGCUUCUCUGACAGUGCUGUGGGAGCAGCUACUUCAGAUGAAAAACGUGUUUACCCUCUUGGUGCUAUCCUAUUACAGUGAAAAAUGACUUAGCAUAGAUGUGUUGCUUACCUAGUUUAACAGACAGAAAUUUUUUUCAUGAAUGUCCCUCUUGAGGAGUGGUUUACAUCUUCAUUUGCUACAGCUGUAAUGGAGUGUGGGGAGGUGAUAAAAAUCCCUGAAAUGACAGCCUUUUUCUGAGCACUCAAAUCUCUUAGGAAAGAGAUGGGUGAGUUGCUGAACAUCAACUAUGGAUGAAUCUGCACCCAGACUGUGGAUUCCAGUGAGCUUAAACCUGAAUAUAUUUGGGUAUAUUUAGGUAUAUCUCUCUUCCCUUUCUCUAAUUAAGCUGAGGCAAUGCUUCUUUCAGUUCUAUCUUGAUUUAAAGAAGUAUUUGAGGACUGGGACAUUUUCUGACUUAGACAUGUCUUCUGACAGAAAUGCCCAUAGUAAAUGAGAGUCAUUGCUUCUCAGCCUGGCCUAUUUAACAGUCUGUUAAGUGCAGCAAAACUUCUGGGAAAGGCUCCAGGAAGGGAAAAUGUUUCUUGUACAUGCAGGUAGAUACUAAAUUGUAAUUUACUGAUUUUCUUCUUCUAAUUCCAUAAUGACAUUCUAGGCUGUUUUUCAAAGGAGAAAAGAUAGAAGAAAUGGAAGAAUAACAAUUAUAAAAUAUAUAUACAGGCAGCUUUGGAGAGUUGGUCAAGAAGAGACAGAUAGGAAGUCAGGAGCGUUUUUUAUCAAUUUCUGUUGCAUGCUUCUUAUGUGCAGAGGGCAGAACUACUGGUUGGCACAUUUGUUUUUAUGCUUUCCCUGAUUUGUGCCUUAAUGAAAACAAAUAAAAUGUAAAGUCUUGCAGAGAAGCAAGGUCCCACUCCAGCCUCAAAAGAAAAUGUUCAAGUGGAGGCAGUCAAAAGGAGACAAUAAUAUAUAGGCUAAUGUCAAUUUUGAGGGUGGGACAACAACUUGAUUUUCCCUCAGUCUAGGAACUGCAGUGACAUUAAGUAUGUAAACACUUUUCUAAAGCAAUAUAUUGGUGAGGUGUACACCACUUUGGUACCACACAGCAGUCUUCCAUGUCUCCCAAAUCCUACUGAGGAGGGGAAGCAGUAUGUCAGUGGGGGUUGGUAUUUUGUAUCAAAUCCAUUUUAAUUCUCUAGGACAGCACUUCUCUGAAGUUGAGACUGAGUUCUCUUCUUUGCAGAGACAGGCUAUACCUGUUGCCUGCCUUUCCACUCUUAUCCAUAAUUUUGAUAGCAUUUGUAGGUUUUCUGUCAGUUCUUCUGAGGCAUACUACUUCUCAGUUAAACUUCUGUGGAUUUUGCUGAUCUUUCCUCAUCCUUGAGCCUACAUUCUCCAUUUCUUCCUGGAUUGUUGCAAAACAGCCCCAGGAAGCCCAUACCAUCAAUUUCCUCCAGCUGUGUACUUCUGAAAUUAAAAGACACAGUAGCAACUUGUUAAUCACUGUAUGACAAUGAACAAGGAAAUAUGAUAAUGAGCAAAAAAGAGUCCCUGGAUUUCCUGGGAGGGUGGAUUCCUGGUAAAACUUUCAUCAUAAGCUUGUCAAAGCUUCCCAGGGAAUAGAAAUUAUCAAAUGUUCAUCUCUGAAAUCAGAGACAUUGAUGCAGGAGUGUCUGCCUUCAAACAAACAAACAAACAAAAUUCCAGAAAACAGAAAAACACCUUAACUAGACAAAUAGGGGUAAAAAGCUGUAUCCUUUACACUGUCCCCUUUUAUCAUCAAAUUAUCAUGGUGCACAGAGUUUCAUGGAUAGUUAAAGCCUUGCCUGCCUGAGCAGGUGUGGAGCAUGGAGAGAGCCUUUUCUACCCCUGGGUGUUUGCAUUUGGAGAAGAUGUAGGUAGUCUCAUUCAUAGGAGCAUCAAACUUUGCUUUUGGACAAGAACUAAACAAUGCUCAAAUCUAAUGAUUUUCCUAAUGGCCCCUUUCUGCUACUCUUCACAAAUGGCUGUCUGUCUUGUGGCCUCAUCACUCUGAACUGAGCAAAAUUCUGGGAAAACAUGAGAAUUCCACUAUAUUUGACUAUUAUUAUCUCAUUGCUGGGGUUGUGCAAUCCUUUAGCCCUUUCUGUAGUUUGCCAUUUAAAUAUGGAGUGCUUGGAGUCCCACAUGGCUAAAGAACUCUGUAAGUACCUCCUAGCCUUUAAAUCACUUAGCUUUGAGUGAAUUGUAUAUGAAAAAACCUGUACUUACAGAUUUGACUCCUUUCUUAAAAAAAACCCCAUCAUAACAAGCAAAACCCACAACAAAACUGACAACUGUCCAAUGAGUGGAUUUAUUGGUGAGAUAAAAACAGAGGCUCACAAGUAUUCCCAUUUCUGAAGUAAUUGAAAGUUAAAAUGUAAAUUAAAGUUAAAAUGUUUAAAGUACAAAACAUUUAAUCCUGAAUUCAGUGACAGAAAGCUAGGAAAAUGGGUAGCCUCUGCAGGGCUGUCUUACCCACAGCAAAUUUCAUUCAAUUAAUUUCGCUGAUUGACCUCUCUCACUCUAAUCUACCUGGCAACAAGACAUUAUUUAACUUUUCUCAUUAGGUCAUUCACUGCACUCCCUAUAUUACAAUUACUCAGUUCAUCUGGACUUUUACAGCUGAAGGAAAUGGCUGGGGUAGUCCAGAGUGUGUUGUGGUUGCUGAGGCGGCCUGAGGAAGAGACAGGCUGCAGCUUAGAGCUAGAAUCCACCUAAAGCAGCUGUCAGCAUCAGACACAGCAGCUCUUUAAACACACACACGUGCACGCUGCAUAUAUAUAUAUAUAUAUAUAUAUAUGUAUUUAUAUAUCUACACAUUCAUACAGGGGGGAGCAGAACUCUAGAAAGGUGCAUGCAUAACUCUGAAUGCGAAUCACGACCGGUGCUGCCACGUUUUCAGGCUGUGGUUGAAAUGAAGGAGCUUUUUGUCCUGUGCUGUUAUUUAAGUGAGGAUACACAAGUAGGAUGAAGAGCUAGAUUUCUUCCCACUUGCCAGCACUUCAGUUUAAGGAUAGCUGUGUCCAAGGGAAAUGCAAAACACAUGCCAAUGAAAUGGCCAAAAGGACUUACUAUCACAGUGAUGUUCUCUUCUGUCACACCAAGUACACACAAAGACAUUGUUCAAAGCUUCAAAGUUAAGGUGUGAACAUAGAAACAUAGGCAGGAAAAGUCUUUUUCUCUGCCAAUAAAAAGUGAGGAAAAUGGGUAAAAUAAGAUGGAAAAAAUAAGAGAGAAACCAUAUUAAUUCUUGUAGUUUGAGUAAACUGAAAGGAGAAAUGAAAGUCAAAAUAACAAAGCCUGAAUAUCAUGUUCAAUGGAUUUCUAAUUCUGUAUAUAUCUAUUAAACCAGUGCUAUAUGAUAUCUUCCUAUGGGUUACUUUCUUUUCCUGUUCCUUUUCCUCUUGGUUUUUUUUCCUGUUUGUAUAUUGAUUUUGUAAGCUAGCAGUGUGUUACCUUUUCAAUUUUUUAAAACUUGUAUGAAAGCCAUAUAUCCAUAUUGUAGAAUGAAAGCAUUAAUCCUGUAACAUCCCUUAAUGUUUCCCUUAGCUCUGUGGGAUUUUGGGGGGGCUCUAGCGAAUGUAUAUGUUUACCAAUUGUAUCAGCAUAAUUUACUUGCUCUUAGUGGCGAUAAAGAAUUAAAUAAACUAAUACACAGACA